AUGGGCAAUCAUCGUAUCAUCCAAUGGAAGAUGAAUGAUGUGAAUGGACAAGUAGUAGCUGGUGGUAACGGCCAAGGAAAUCGAUUAGAUCAAUUAAAUGAACCAACUGAUGUUAUAAUCGACAAAGAGAUGGAUAGCUUCAUUAUUUGUGAUCAAAGGAAUCGACGAAUCGUACGAUGGUUUCGUCGUAAUGACACAACUGAAGGAGAAGUCCUCAUCGACAAUAUCAGAUGUUGGGGGUUGGCCAUGGACGAUCAGAGAUAUCUCUACACCUGUAACUUUGAACAACAUGAAGUACGACGAUAUCAAAUAGAAGACAAGAAUGAAACUAUCGUAGCUGGUGGCAAUGGCCAAGGUGGUGGUCUCAAUCAACUCAACUGGCCAUCCUACGUCUUUGUCGAUCAACAACAGUCUGUAUACGUGUCAGACCGUAACAAUCAUCGUGUGAUGAAAUGGAAUAACGGUGCAAAAGAAGGAAUUAUCGUCGCUGGUGGUCAAGGCGAAGGAGCGGCUCUGACACAAUUGAACUGGCCAAAGGGACUGUUCGUCGAUACGUUGGAUACCGUCUAUGUAGCAGACGAUAAGAAUAAUCGAGUGAUGCGUUGGCCUAAAGGGGCGACGCAGGGCACUGUAAUUAUGGGUGGAAAUGGUGUAGGAGAAGGAGCAAAUCAGUUCAAGGGUCCCCAAGAAAGAAUACGAGCAUUUCAAUAUCAUGAUUGUUCAAAUGUUUGUCAUGAAAAAUGCCGACCAAUAGCAUCUUAUAAACCAGAAAAACGAAUUGGUGGAUUAUCUGAUUCUUAA